CCAGGGAUAGGGAAUUUUAACUACUCAAAAAAUAUGCGAAUUGAGGAUAUGUUAAUGAGAAAAAGGGCCAGUGAAAUUGAGAAAUUCAUGCAAUGGGAGAAGCAUUCAAAUUAUCUCAACCGCUCAAAUGUAAGAGCAGAAAAGGAAAAAGAGUGGUCAUCAAACAAAUUCUUGGAGCAAAGCUUAAUGGCUUAUGCAGAGCAAAAUAAAGGGCAGAAUGAUAAAAAUCUUGAGGAGAGAAGGAGAAAAUUGCUUCAUAUUUUGGAAAGUGAUGCAGAAAAUGAGAAGAAUUUGCUCGAGGUGUAUACUGAGCGUUCUAAGGGAAAAUCAGCUAUGUUGAUUCGGUCGACUGCAUUAAAGCAAGCACGUGAUUUGGAAAAAGCAAAGAUAGCUGAAAGACUCUUAGCUGAGCAUUUCAGAAAAAACAACCCAGAUUUGAGGGAGAUGGUCCGAGUGGCAGGUCAAAAUGAAUUGGUAGAUGGUUGGCGAGAACAAUUAAAUGAACGUAGUGAAUUAAAACAGUCAGAGACAAUGAAUCAAAUUGUCAAUGAAGAAAUUGAAUCAGAAACUAAAAAACGUGAUGAAAAACAGGCUGAAUUAGUGGAAUUACAACGUUUACAAGCUAAAGAAAAACAUUUAGAGCAUCUUCGACAACAAUUGGAUGAAUUGAAUUCACGUGAAAAAGAGGCAAAUAAAUUAGUUGAAAAAGAAAAAGCCUUAAUUAAACAAUUAGCUCAGAUUGAUCAAUUGGAAAAAGAACGACGUAAAAUUGAAGAAAAAUGUCAACGUGAGCUCUACGGACGCGCACUACUGCAUCAACAUCAAACAGCGUUAAGAAAACGUUCAGAAUUUAUACAAUCUGAAUUAAAAGCUGAUUUAAAUUGGUUAAAUCAGUUAGCUGAACAAGAAAAUUUAGAUCAUGAAAAUGCUAUGGAGAAAAAACGUACAGAAAGAGAUAAUGUGCUAGCAAUGCAAGAAUUAAUUGAAUGUGAAUUGAAAAAAGAGAAAAUUAAAGAAUUAGAGUUAAAUGAAUUACAAGCUUAUGAAGCUUCAAGGAUAUGGGCUAAACGUGAAGAAGAAUGGCGUAAUGAAACGGCUGCUAGACAAAAACUUUUACAAGAAGUAAUUGAAGAUCGUAGAAAACAGGUAGCUGAACAAUUAGCUCAAAAUCAACAAUUACAACGUGAAGAAUUGGCCUCAAGAGAAGCACUGCUCGAAAAAAUUGAAAAUGAUAAUCUCAAUGAUAAAUUAGAAGUGAGCAGACGUCAUGAACAAGCUGUUGAGCAUAAUAAAGAGCUAAAUAAUCAAUUAAGCGAGAAAAUUAAAGCUGAUCAAUUACGUGAAAAUGAAAUUAAAGCUGAUUUAGAAGCACAAGAAAAAGCAGAACAAGCCUAUGAAGAAAUGUUAAGACAAGAAGCUGAAAAUUUACGUAUAAAAGAGAAACAAUUGAAAAAUCUUACUUAUUAUCGAUCUAGUCAACCAUAUUUAAAUAAUAGUAGUAGAAAUAUAUACGGUAGGUAGGAUAGGUCUUUACCCCAUCCAUACAUGACCUUGAGUUUAGCCGUGUAAAACAAAAGUGAACAAGUCAAUGCUAAAUAUAUAUUUCAUUGCAUUGUUUGUUUGUCAAGGCUUUUCUAUGAAUAAGAAAUAUUUUCUGCUUUGGCUGUGUAACCAAGUACAUUCUUCUUCGGCUAAUAUUUAUGUAUUUAAAUUAUUACUGUAUUAUUAAAUGGUAACUAGGUGUGUAUGUGAUCAGUUUCUAUUGAACACUUGAACAAUUAUAAUUUCACGACAACACCUUACGUCAAAUGAAUGUAUUUAUGUAUGUGUUCAAAUCGACGACAAUAA